CUGCCGAGGUUCAUUUCAUGGGUAUUUGGAAAGGCUGGGUGAGGGAGUGAGUGAGCGAAAGGUGGAGAGUGCUAGGCUUUAAGGUUCACACUCUUUUUAGGCUGGCGGCUGACCUAAGCGUGCGCCCCCCGACGAGAACGAUUUCGACCGUGCGGAGGCUAGUGAAAGCGACUGGAAUGAGAGAAGAAUAAAGUGAGAGCUGAUUUAGGAGUAAAGGAACGACAAGCAGAGGCACCGCGGCGGUAGACACCAGCCAGACAGCCGUUAGCUACGGACGGAGAGAGAGAGAAAAGGAAAAAAUUAAAAGGAGGACGGUUUGACAUUUGUGUAAGGCGCACAGAGUAACCAAAUUGUGGAAACCUUAGUACACCGGGUAUGGCAGACGCAGACGUCGACUUCCAGACAGGCGAUGCCGGGGCAUCCGCCACCUUCCCCCAGCAGUGCUCGGCGCUGCGCAAGAACGGCUUUGUGGUGCUGAAAGGACGACCCUGCAAGAUCGUGGAGAUGUCCACCUCCAAGACCGGAAAACACGGCCACGCUAAGGUCCACAUGGUUGGUAUUGACAUCUUCAACGGCAAGAAAUAUGAAGAUAUCUGUCCCUCCACCCACAACAUGGACGUCCCCAACAUCAAGAGACUGGACUACCAGUUGAUUGGGAUCACGGAUGGUUACCUGUCUCUGCUCCAGGACAGUGGUGAGGUGAGAGAGGACCUGAAGAUGCCAGAGGGAGACAUGGGCAAAGAGAUCGAAACCAAGUAUGACGCUGGAGAGGAGAUUCUGAUCACUGUUCUGUCUGCAAUGAACGAGGAGGCUGCAGUUGCCAUCAAGGCCAUGGCUAAAUAAGACACUACAGGACCUUCUUCAGCUGGAGGAAGAGCUGAUGCUUCUCCUCCUGCAGUCCCUGCAGCUUCUCCCCCAUCUUCAUCACCUGUGAGGAGGAAAAGGGAAUGUAAGAGAGGGUUAAGGUGAGAUAGCCCAUCCUCUGAAGUUAGUUAUCUCCCAUCUGUUUGUUAUGACGUUCUCUGACCUGUUCUUUCGUCUCCUCCAGUGACAUCCUCUCCUCUAUCUCUUUUGUUCUCUUUCGCUCUUCCUCCUCCUUCAUCUUCUGCUCCAUCAUCUUGUCCACCUCUUCCUCCUCUAAGAUUAGGAAGAAAAGAGACCAAUUACAACAACUUAAUUGUGGAUUUUGUUCUCUCUUCUUCCUCUUUCAUCUUCUGCUCCAUCAUCUUGUCCACCUCUUCCUCCUCUAAGAUUUGGAAGAAAAGAGACACCAAUUACAAUGACAUAAUUGUGGGAAAAAUCUGGCUUUUUGGUUAUGUUUGGGAAGAAAUGCAGUAGUCAAGCCAAGCCAGCCUUGUGAUAUCUCACCCUGUCUUUUGCGAUCUCUUUCUCUCAUAAUGUGCUUGUGGAGGGCUCUGGCCAUGGCGUUGGACAGCUUCGGUCUGUCCUGCAGAGCAGGCAUGGUGACAGGAAGUGGAGGGGCCAGCUGAAUGCAGCAGAAUCAAUUGAGAAAAUAUGGGAAGUAAAUAUAGUUACAGGCAACAACAGCAAAAGGUGACAAUUAUUUGCUAGAAACUGACACUUGUUUUUUAAUUUUUUAUAUUUACUUUGUUUUUUUAUAGAAAUAAUAAAUUGCAUGCAUUCACCCCCACCUAGCUAACGUUGCAUUGCAUCUGAUCUGGCUAUGCUAGCAGCUAACUAACGUUACAUUGUUAAUGUUAGAUCGAUGAAGGGCCAGCAGGCGCGAAGUUGUAAACAGAGAACUUACUUUCGUUGCUUUGCGAGUAUUCCAAGAUGAAAACUUUUGUCUCCGCUUGGUGUGUGUGUUUUGGUGUGGAUUAUAAAGCGGAACAUUUGUUAUGCUAUGAAAAACUAACUUUGUUUCUAUAUUAUGAAUUUCGUGUUCAUAAAUUAGUUUUUUUCCCCGAACUGAUACACUUCCGGUGUGAAAGGACGCUUCCUGUUUUGACGUCAGUGAAACCCUGGGAGUUGGGGUUUCUAUUCAGUACUUCCCAGGGGACCUUGAGAGUAAAAGUAAAGAUACCUUAACAGAAAAUGACUCAAGUAAAAGUGAAAGUCAGCCAGUAAAAUACU